AUGGUUGGCAGUGCUCCUAUAUCCGCGAACCCACUCAAGCUCGAUGUGCUAAGUCACACGAAAUGUCUCGCCAUAUGUGUCGUGGCGACGUUGUCCACGUUCCAAUAUGGCCUUGACUACGCACUUGUUGGUGGAUUCCUUUCAAUGCCUGGUUUCCUCGAGGUCUUCGGCUACUACUCGGAGGACUUGGGCAGAUGGAACAUUGACCCGACCGUCCAGCAACUCAUUUCCUCGUUGAUGACCAUUGGCACUUUUGUCUCGUCACUGCUGGUUGGGCCCUUCAGCGCAAGAUUUGGGAGAAGGCAGGGCCUCUGGACGGCCACGCUCCUCAACUUCGUUGCUACCAGCAUCCAACUGGGAACGACCAGCAAGGCGGCUCUUUAUGUUGCCCGUCUCAUCUUGGGCAUGUCUGUCGGCUGGUUUCUCACAUUCGCCCAACUCUACGUCCACGAAGCUGCCCCAGCACACUUACGUGGCAUCGCGUUUGCCGUGUAUCAAGUCAUGCUUUCCAUCGGGUCCAUUGUCGGCGCAAGCGUUGACUUUGGGACGCAUACCAUGACCGGCCGGAACGCCUAUCAGAUCCCUUUGGCAAUCUUUUUUGUUGCCCCGACCCUCCAGUCCAUCCUUCUCUUCCUCUUUGCACCCGAGUCGCCAAGAUGGCUGAUGGUCCAGCGCAAAGAGAAAGCUGCCGAGGCGGCAUUGCGGAGACUGCGAAACCCGAAGAUCGAUGAGCUCGAGUUCCAAGCCGAGUUGAAUGAAAUUCGACAAUCGACCAGAGAACAAUUGGAGCAGAACAAGAAAGCCGCGUUCUUGGAGAUGUGGCGAGGCACGAACUUGCGGAGGACUCUCCUUUCAAUUGCUGUCGUGUGUUUUCAUUCGGCAAACGGAUCAAGUUGGGUUACAAUCUAUACCACAUUCUUCCUUCAGAUUGCAGGCGUCAAGAACCCAUUCGCCUAUUCCGUCAUGGUCACUUGCACAGGCUUGAUAGGCGUGCUAGUCAGCUUCUUCUUCGUGCGACGGAUCGAUCGACGCAUGGUCAUGUUGAUCGGCAUCACAGCCUGCGGCAUCUGCCAGCUGAUCCCGGCGAUUGCGUGGAGCACGAGUCCGGGAAGCGAGUCGACAGGAAAAGUGGUUGUUGCAUUUAUCUCUCUCUUCACCUUCUUCUAUGUUGCCUACGCUCCUUAUGCCUGGCUUCUCGGUGGCGAGUACGUAAACAAUCAACUCCGCGCAUUUACAUUCGGCCUGGCGACGGCAUUGAACUUUUUGGGCAACUGGCUGGGAACAUUCACCGCCCCAUACUUCAUCAACCCGGCCAAACUUGGCUGGAGCGCCAAAUACGGAUACAUCUGGUUCGGAAGCAACAUGAUUUGUGUCAUCUUCACUUAUUUCUUCUUGCCCGAGACACGAGACCGUACGUUGGAGGAGAUCCAUGAGAUGUUUGAGGCGAGGUUGCCGGCAAGGAAAUUCAAGACUUAUGUCUGUACUGGCGUGGAAAGUUAUGCGGCGGAAGCGAUGGGCAAGGAUUUGACGGAGAGGAAGAACAUAGGACAGACAAUGCAUGUAGAGGAGUUGAGAGACGACCAUGCAUGA